CAUUUUAAUACAUCAACGAUAAACAUUAACAAAAAGGCGUCGUGACAGGAUGCCGAUUGCACGCGUAUUGUUUAGCUACACUAGCGCCGUCCUGAAUUCAUUGGAACACAUAUGAAACAGGCACAUUUCUGCGUCAGUUUGUGUACAGGGAUGCCAGGUUCACAGAUUAAUCUGUGUUUCAAAGAUUUUGAACUUUCUGCACAGAUUUAAAAAAUGACAUAGAUUUCUAAAGAUCCUAGGUUUUCACAGUUUUUUUAAUCGAGCGCAGUUUAGUUCGAAAAAAGUACAGAGCGGUUGAGUAAAAGGUACAGAGCGUGUUGGUAGUGAGACCUGCUCCCCAAAAUGAUUUUCGAUGACCUUGUUUUACUCACAAAAUUGAUUCCGGGCUGCUGUAAUGGUACGAGUUACGAGCACAGAUUUUCACAGACAGGUUUUUGACUUAAUCAUAGAUUUUUGAAAAAUGACCUGGCAUCCCUGGUUGUGUAUGGGUUGAGUUUAUUUUACUUUCAAAUAUGGCGGAUUAUUGGAAAUCAAAUGAUCGUAAGUACUGUGAUUUCUGCCAUUGUUGGAUUGCGGAUAAUAAACCGAGCAUUCAAUUCCAUGAAAGUGGUCGACGCCAUCAGCAAAAUGUGCAGAAACGAUUGUCCGACAUUACCCGGAACAGCUGCAAGCAGCAAAAGGAGCAGACUAAAAUUGAUGCAGAAAUGAAGAAAAUGAAUGAUGCUGCCAUGAAAGCUUAUAUGCAGGAUAUAACUGCUGGUGCAGAUAUUUCUUCCCGUGCCCUAGCAGAAGAACAACGAGCGAAGGCUGCGGCAACAACAGCUGCCUUCUUCGAAACUGAAUCGGCAGGUCCAAGUGUUGGGUCUCGAAUAUCUAAGAAAAAAAUCGGCAGGGAAGCAGAUCCUUUUUACAUCCCGGGUGAUUUUUCUGAUGAGGAAGGAUCAGGUCCGAGUAAAAUAACAGCCGCAGCUAUUGCUGAUGCGGCUAAGAAAAAACGCUUAGAGGAAAUCAGUAAAAUGGGACAUGGUUCCCUUUGGGUUGAGGCAACUUCCAAUGAGGGUUAUACGUAUUAUUGGAACAUUAAAACAAACGAGUCUAUUUGGGAGGCUCCCAAGGAAGGGUUCAUGAAGAAGGAAGAAUAUCUCAAAAUUACUCAAUUGGCGUUGCAAAAACAAGAAGAAGCAUUGAAACGGGAAGUAAAGUUCGAAAUUGACAAUGCCUCAGAGAUCGCUGCCAGACUUAAGCGAGAGCAAAUUGGAAAACAAUACGGUCGUAAUCGGAUUGUAAAGGAAGAAAUUGAAAACCUGGCCGAUUUAAAAAGACAACGGUUGGAGGAAGAAGUAAUUCAGAAUACAGCUGCUGGUCCUUAUGGAAGCUGGCAAAUAGUCGAGCAUAAGGAAGAGAAAAUGGUUGAUUUACAGUUACCAGUCGUACCAGAACCUUUGUAUGUUCCAAAUGUUACACCGGACGUGCCAGAGCGGAAGUUUAAGGAGAAGGUUAUUGCUCAUAUUCCAGCGGACGAGAAAAGCUCCCUUAAUGAUGUGUUUUUUAAGAAACGAAAAGUUGCCCGUAACACUCGACAGCGUUUGGAUACCGAUUGAGCUAAAAAUAUAACUUUUCCGCGUUUUUUUCACUAAAGAAGUUUUAACCUUGUCAGUGUAAAUACAGUUAUACAGGUAAAUUAUAAGAA